CGACGUUGGAGUUGACUUGACAGGUGGAAGGAGGGGAGGACAGGUGGAGGCGAGCCCCGUGUGGACAAUCAUCUCUCCACACGAGCCACGGACACUGUUACGCCCCUGUGUGACUGUGGAGGACCCGUGAAGAGCAAGAGUGACGUUAUGUUGAGGAUGAGUCGUGUGAAGCAACGUAACAGCUGAGUACCGAGAGUGUGUGUAGGCCGCCAGGAUGGACGUCGGUGAGGCAGAGUGUGAGGCGGUGAAGCGCGCUGCGCUGCUGGUGGAGAACAUGCUGCAGCGGCCCGACCAGCUGCAGAAGGUGGACCAGUACCGCCGCAGAGUACAGCGAAAGAAGGCAUCAGUGGAGGCCAUGCUGAAGACGGCCAUGCAGAGUCAGCUGGACGGGGUGCGCACAGGCCUGGGCCAGCUGCAGUCCGCCCUCACAGACCUCAGAGAGAUAAAGACAUGCUUGGGAGAGGUGGAGGGCAGUCUGGUGAGGGUGCCAGAGCUAAGCAAGGCGCUGUACGAGUGCCGGGAAGAGUAUGUGCGGCACUCCCAGUACGCUGCGGCCAUGGAGAACCUCAAGCACAUCUUUACCGUGCCCGAGUCAGUGGAGAAGACGGAGAAGUGGAUCGCUGAUGGUAGACUGCUGUAUGCCCACCAGUGCCUGAUGGACUUGGAGAACAGUCGUGACGAUCUCCUGUUUGAGCUGCACAAGUUGCCACACCAGAACCCCAACGACACGCGCAUGUUGAAGGAAUACUUUGCUGAUGUACACAAGCUUUCCGAGGACCUGGGUAAGCAGGUGUGGAUCAUCCUGAAGCGCACACUCAACACGGUGAGGAAGGAACCCCCACAGAUCGUCACUGCUCUCAGGAUUGUGGAACGGGAGGAGCGGGCAGACCAGUUUGCUCUCCAGCGUCAGAAGGGGUCUGGCUUCCUGCCUCCUGGCCGGCCCAAAAAGUGGCGUGAGAAGACCCUGGAGGUGCUGGAAGAAGCCGUGGCCGAGCGCAUCGAAGGGAACAUGUUUGAGGGCCGCAGCGACAGCAAGAACUGGCUCAUCAAGCACCUCGAGGUGAUUCGCCUGCUGGUGCUGGAGGACAUGAAGGUGAUCCGCUCCUUGUGUAUGCCAUGCUUCCCGCCGAGCUACGACAUCGUCAACCACUACGUCCAGAUGUACCACAAGAGUCUCGCCACCCAUUUGGUGGAUCUCGUUUCUACGGGACUUGAGGACAAUGAGUAUGUGACACUUUUGUCCUGGGUGCUCAAUGUGUACUCCGGGCCAGAGCUGAUGGGCCACGCGACACUCAACAUCAACAUGGCCAAGCUGGGGCCACUGCUGGACAACAAGGUGCUGGAAGACCUCAUCUCUGAGUACCUCACGAAUGUGAACAACAACUAUGACUCGUGGAUGAACAAGGCACUGGAGAUCGAGGAGAAGGAGUGGUACCGCCCCGAGCCCCCACAGCAGGACUCUGACUCCCACUACAAGACUGAGCUGCCUCAACUCAUCCAUGACAUGAUCCGGCAAAACUUGGAGGUUGCAAACACCAUCAGCCCAGAGGUGCAAGUCAAAGUGCUCAUCAGUAGCCUGGAGCAGGUGAGGCUGUUUGCUGGCAAGUUUGAGGCAGCCGUCAAGAGAUACAAGGACACCUAUUACUCAGACCGGUCACAGAUCCAGUACUACACCACCUACAUCAUUGCCCUGGCCAACAGCUGCCAGGCGAUGGUGGAUGUGCUCAUGAGCAUCAAGACUCAAUUCUGGAAGCCAGGCACCACCACCACCACCAACGACACCAUGAUUGCCACCAAAUUUGAUGCUGUCCUUACUGUAUACCAGCAUGUGAGGAACCAGAUGUGUGACCACCUGCUGGAGGAGGCCCUGGUGGACCUGCAGGACCACUUCAACGCCCUCCUCACCCCUCGCUGGCUGCAUAACACUGAGCCACUGGACACCAUCUGCCUCACCCUGUCUGAUUACUUCAAUGAUUACUCACACCUCCAUCAAAAGAACUUUGACCACGUGGUGCAGCUGGUGCUCAACACGGUGGCCAUGCGCUACACCACCGCCAUCCUGCAGAAGCGGAUCACACUCAAGACUCAGGAGGAUCGCAAGCUGGUGGCCGAGAGGAUAACGUCUGAAGCUGAGAAGGUGGGGAGUGUGUUUGAACAAGUGACACCAGACCUUGUGAAGUUUGAUUCUCCGUGUGAAGUGAUGAAAGGUCUCGCUGAGGUCGUCAAGGUCUCUGACAUUGACUUCAUCGGCUUAGAACUUCAUCGGUUACUGCGCAGGUAUCCAGACAUGAACGGUGACCACCUGACAGCCCUCUUGAUGCUGCGCGGUGACCUUGGUCGGCUGGACAUCAGGCAAAGAGUGGCCGAUAUCAUGGAGGAGAUGAGGACCCAGCGCAGCGGGCCCACCCCCAAAAGCAUCUUCUCCCACAUCCACAUCUCCACCUCCCUCUUCACCUAGCAUGAAUGAACACAGCUUUCAAGUCGCCUAAUCAGUAGCCCAGUUUGUCGUUGAGGGCCGUGCGACCAUCCCCAGACUGCUGUGACGGAGGCACCCACGAGUCAUAGUUGGGGUCAUCUUCAUCGUACUUCUUCCUUUUCUUCUCUUUCUUCCUUGGCUGAGCAGGACUCUGAGGAUAAAGACACCAAUGUAAUCUACAGAUGUCAUCCAAAAAUCUAACCUUGGCUUUUCUCACCUUAUGAUAGUCUGUCCACAUUUUAUACAAAUUUGAUUUAUGUGGAUAUAAAUGUGUAUGACCCAAACAUGAGCUUACCAACUUAACAUAAAUAAUGUGUCACUACUUGUGUGUGUAGUGUGCACCUAUAGCCCACUUUAUCAAGCCAAAAAUGCACUAGCCUGCAAAUGAGGCCUUUUUCCACAUAGUUUCCUGCUACCUGUUUGGUUGAAUAACUACAUCAUUGUAUUUGAAAUUAUUGCUAGGUAAUGUGAACCAACACAUAUUUACUAACUUAAGUUUCUCCCUCUGCUAUAUGCUGAGUCAAAUACAAAUGAUAAGAGUUAAGAGAUUGUUAAGUAAUGUGCUGGUAAGUCUUAAUCUGUUGACAUCAAUCACCCAAGUCAGCAACACAAGCAUGAGUUCAGAUGUACCCAACGUCAUAUGUAUUCUUUCAACAUUAAUGCAGAGGGGAAAACAGUAUCCAUGACUAUUACUAUAUUCAUUUGUUUCAUAAUUACAGAUGGGAAAAUACUAUCAAUGUAUAAUUUUUGCUGAUACAUUAUCUAUAGAAAAGCUUACAAGUUACCCUACAGAUGGAAUGCAUACAUUCAUCUAGUAAGUCAUUUGAGUAGAUUCUGAAGGGGGUAGGGUUGGUAACUACAUGUUUUCUUGUGUUUAGUGCAACUUCUACAAUCUGCAGUUAAAUAUGUGAAAAAAAUACAUAUCAAGCAGCGUGCAUCCAAACACAUGCUUGUGUUACCGAAUUGGGCAACUGCUGUUAACAGAUGAAGUUUGUUUACAUUACCUGGCAAUUAAUUAAAAUAAAAUGAUGUACUCAGC